CUCGGGUCGAACCUGGGAUGACCAGUAUCAAGGCCGAGCACCCGCCACACUUCCCCCCGAGAGGGUGAAUGCAGUCCGCACCGUUCCCGGCCUUCGUUACCUCCAGCUCGUCGUGGGUCGUGACCGAUACUGCAGAGAAAUUGUGGCCAUUAUGGCGCGCAGCGGCCACCGGACGCCCAAGACAAUGUACGAGACGCUUUUACGCAUGUGGCUGCUCCUCGACGUCUCAACCACCGAGCACCGCCGUGCCAUGCUACGCAACCGCACGCUCUGGCGUGACACGGACCUCUACAACGCCCAGCUCUUCUUCAUCAAGCUCGGUCUGCACUUUAACGACCCAGUCUACGGCCCGUGCUCCUACGACCUCAUGCAUCUCAUUCUCGGACAAAAGGGCCUCUACCCUCUCUGGCAGCUCCUGCUCCGCAAGCGAUUCACUACACUCCACGAGAUCAUCGACCUCAAGGUUCGGUACGACUACCAACCCUCCCGUCAGAACUGGGCCGCCGCGGCAACAAACAGAAAGACCGUCCACGGCGUGCCCCUCGACGAGACAGGCAUCUUCCACCGCGAGGGCUGGGGGCAAGGUAAACUACACCUGUUCCGCCCAGACGAGCUCAUCCCCAUCGAGGCCGUGCAGCGCGGGCUGCAACUCAAGAAACACAUCCGACACAUGAUUCUCUGGGGCCAGUUCGAUCGGACCACGGGCGAGAAUCUCGUCCCCACCGAGGAGGAAAUUUACAUCUCGGACGAGGAUGAGGCACUGGCGCACAUGGACACCACCACGCACUGGAAGAAGAAACACGCCCUGAAGAAGCGAUGGAACACGCUCACGCCCGAACAGCAGAAUGAAAUCAGGGAGGAGGAUGAGGAUGAUCGGCUGAGAUGUCUCGCCUGGGCCCGUCCCAACUCAGACGCUGACUCCGACUCGGAAGGAGAGGAAUCGGACUCGUCGUCCACCUACAGCCUCAACGACGAGAUACGCAGGGGCUACAUCCCGCCACCGCUGACCAAGGAGGAGGGUCCACCCCCGCAGAGCGGCAGCGACCAGAAGGCCUGGGCCCGGUUCGUCGAUGAGACACUGAUGGGCGCCAUACCUGAGAUUGACCCAGACUUCGCGUUGAAGUGGCAAGGUGCGGGCCCGGGGGCUGGUCAAAUUGACUUGCAGUGGAUGAGAGAGGAAGGAUUUGAUGUGGAUGACUUGAUACAGAGGCAGGUUGGUGAGACGGGGGGUGAUUAGCGAUGGGAGAUAUUGUCAAGCAUACCACAUCUAUUAUUGAGCAUACCCGCUGGAGUCAAGUUUGGCAGACGCUAUAGCAUAGAUGUUCCCUA